AUGUUGAUCAUCGUAGACACCUCCACCAUAGUCGUCCUGUUCACCCAACUCGUCCUCGUCUUCACCCAGAUCCAGGUGAAUGCCACACCAACUCCCGCGCAUCGGGUCGCCAUAGUUUGGUGGCCAGGAGAUCACGGUAACAUCGGUGGUGGCUCCACUCAGAGUUUGAACAUCUCGCAAAACACCUUCUUAUUCAUGACUCAAGAGUUGCAAGCUGCUGGGUUUCGUCUCGAUCCUGGAACGAUCCGCGCCUUCACCGACGUCAAGAUCGGCGAAAGACAGGAGCUCCAAAACUCAUACUCGGCAACAACUUAUGGCGCCUUGGGCGGUCGCAAAUUCAGAGAACCACUUCCGAUACAUACUAUCUCCCGCAUGGCUCGAAUGUGGGAGGAAUACACUCUGCUCAGUGAGGAAGGAAUACAACAGCUUCUGACACCCAUCUUCAAUCCACCGGAGGCUCAAGCCAGCCAACAAGGGGGAUAUGUCUGGACUACAAAACAAAGCAGACACACUGUUAGAGAAUGGGCAGGACCGAAUGGAGAUGGGAACGACGGGCUGAAGCCCGGAAGGACAAUUGGUCAGGAUCCCGAACAGGAUGAUAACAUCACAACCAUCGGACCAAAUGUGCCCCAUGAGGAUUCGCACGCGCCUACUCAAUUGCACCAUUAA